AUGUCUGUCACGCUCCAUACAACCCAUGGUGAUCUGAAGGUCGAAAUCUUCUGCGAAGCUGUGCCGAAAACAGCGGAGAACUUCCUUGCGUUAUGCGCCUCUAGCGCCUACGAUGGCACCCCUUUCCACCGACUGAUACCUGAGUUCAUCAUUCAAGGUGGCGACACGUCCUUAUCUCCCCGGAAUGCGACUGCAGAAAGACCCGUUGUCAAGGGCGGAGAGUCAAUAUGGGGAGGAUAUUUUGAAAAUGAGAUCAAAAUCCCUGCGUUGAGACACAGCGGGCGAGGGAUGGUGUCGAUGGCAAACAAAGGACCCGACACCAAUGGAAGUCAGUUCUUUGUCACGCUCGCAGAGGCGGCUCACUUGGAUGGCAAGAAUACGGUUUUUGGACGAGUGAUUGAAGGUGCAGAAGAAGGCGGCACGCUGGACAAGAUGGAGGCCGUGGAGGUGGACAAGAAAUACCGCCCAAAGGAGAAGAUCAUCCUGGAGAAGGUGACGAUUCAUGCGAAUCCUCUAGCAGGAUGA